AUGCAUGGCAGGGCCCGGCUGGUUGAGAUGCUUAAUGACUUCUCUGAUGAAGUCCACCUGACAGGCUUCCAGAAUGAAUCAAAGAAUGCGUUUCUGCUCGAUGAGAUUCGGAUUUUGGAGGUGAUACGAGGACCCGGUCUUCCAGGUUUUAUACCGAGGGCCGCUUUUCUCAUUCUGCUUGAGAAAAAGGUAGCAAGAUUAUCUUCCACGGCUUUCAAGUUGGACGACACUAUGUGGACCUACAUAGAGAAGACGGUCAUCUCGGUCCUCAAGAAAUACUCGGAUAAAUACCCAGAGCUGUUUUCCUCCAUGAGCUUGGCUGUCCAGGACCUGGUGGCCAUGAAGAGGAAGCAGUCUGAGGUUUGGGUUCGUGAUGUGGUCGAGAUGGAGAAAAUGGCGAACUACACGGGCAACCCCGAGUAUGAGGCUUCGUGGAGAAACCUCAUGGUCCACCAGAAGGUGUUUGUGGAGAUUCUGAAACAUGAAUCAAAGCCAGUGAAUAUGGACAUUGAUGGGUAUGGGACGGUUGAUGUCUCGCACCUGAGGGGCAGGACGGGGGUCGUGCACGAUGCAUUCGAUCUCAAUAUGCGAUUGAUUGCCUACUGGAAGAUUUUGCACCGAAGACUUGUUGAUCGCAUCGCUGUGCAUUUGUUGUUUUGCAUACAGAAUUUGGUGAACAAGGAAAUGGAGGUGCAGAUCAUCAAGGUGGUGAACGAGGAACUGGAAGGGAAGUGGCCGGAGUGGAUGCUGGAGGAGUUGCCGGUGGUGGCUGAGGAACGCAAGAGGCUGAAUAAUACUGUUGCAUUGCUCAAGGAAUCCAAGGAUGUGCUGGCCAAGAUCAGUGAUGACAUUGCUGGUAUUAGCAUGAGGCAGGUGAUUUGA